GGCCGCUGCGGGGCUCGAUCACAUGACCAUCACGGAGCCAGGCUGCCCAGAUCCAAUAUGGUGGCCAGCUUGGCAGGUCUACGGUUCCUGUUGAUGAUAUUGUUGUUGUGCGGGAUCAGGAGCGGCGCCUGCAGCCAGGAAGCCCCGAAGGUUCUGGGGCUGCGACUGGAAGACCCGGCGGCUCUGGUGUGCAUGAAGGAUCGGAUCAUCUCUGCGCCAGAAGGAGCCACGUUCGAGCUCCGUCUCUUCGGGGAUAAUCUGAAUGGAAGCUGGCCGUGGGUGGCGUUCGCAGGGGCAAGUGGCGGGGCGGCCGGGGCGGUGGGCGAUGCUCCGGACCCGUGCGGGGACGAGUCCAGCCGCCGGGACUCCGCCUUCCAGGUGAGGGACGGGUUCAUCCCGGAUGAGAAGUUCAGCGGGCUGCUGACGGUGGACGUCCGGAGGGGCAGCAUCUCCGCAGGGGGCGAGCUGAUCUACUACCACCUGUGCGUGCUGAGCGAGGGGGAGUGGGCGUCCGUGGGUCCGGACAGGCUGCGGAUCAGCACCGACACCGGUCUGCCCGAGGAUCACAUCCCGCCGUGGGGUCUGGCCGUGCUGGUCGUGCUGAUGCUGCUGGUGUGCGCGGCGCUGAGGACGGUGAACCUGAGCCUCCUGUGGCUGGACCCCGUGGAGCUCUACGUCCUCCACAGCUGCGGCUCCGAGGAGGAGAAGCGGGCCGCGAAGCGCCUGGAGCCCAUCAGGAGGAGGGGGAACUUCUUGACAUGCUCGCUGGUGUUCCUGUGCGCCCUGGGACACUCGGUCCUGGGCGUCCUCCUGUACCGGGCCCUCGGCUCCAUCGCCUCCGCCGUCUUCACCAGCGCCUUCCUCAUCUUCUUCCUGGCGGAGCUGGCUCCUCACAUCCUGUGCUCCGGUUACGGCUUCCAGCUGGCGCCCGGUCUCACCUGGCUGGCCCAGGUCUGCAUGGUGCUCACCUUCCCCCUGUCCUGUCCCCUGGGCCUGAUCCUGGACCUGGGCCUGAGGAGGGACAUCAGCACCUGUGGGAUCAGAGAAAGGGCCAUGGAGAUGAUCCGGACCAGCGUCAACGACCCCUACAGUGAGUUUGUUAAGGAGGAGUUCAGCCGUGGGACGCUGCGCAUUAAGACGGUGGAGGACAUCCUGACUCCCCUGAAGGACUGCUUCAUGCUGCCCAGCUCGGCCGUCCUCGACUUCUCCACCAUGUCAGAGAUCAUGCAGUGCGGAUACACACGAGUGCCGAUCUACGAGGAGGAGAGGUCCAACAUCGUGGAGAUCUUGUACGUGAAGGACUUGGCUCUGGUGGAUCCGGACGACUGCACGCCGAUGACGACCAUCACCAAGUUCUACAACCACCCGCUGCACUACGUCUUCAACGACACCAAGCUGGACGCCAUGUUGGAGGAGUUCAAGAAAGGAAACUCCCACAUGGCCAUCGUCCAGAAGGUGAAUAAUGAGGGGGAGGGGGAUCCCUUCUACGAGGUGCUGGGCCUGGUCACCCUGGAGGACGUCAUCGAGGAGAUCAUCAAGUCGGAGAUCCUGGACGAAUCCGACGGCUACCUGGACAGGAAAGUGAAGCGCCCCCUCCCUCCGUUGGAGAUUCCUCUGGAGCCUCGCAGCGCCCACGAGGAGUUCUCGCUCUUCAAGCCUCCCGAAGGAGAACCCAAGAUCCGCACCUCCCCUCAGCUCCUGCUGGCCACGCACCGCUUCCUCUCCAGAGAAGUGGAGCACUUCAACCCGGGUCGAGUCUCUGAGAAGGUCCUGUUCCACCUCCUCCGUCACCCCAGCGUCAACCAGGAAGUUCCCUUCGACCCGAGCAACCGGCUAAGCCCCGCCCACUACCUGUACACCCGCAACCACCCGGUGGACUACUUCAUCCUGCUGCUGCAGGGCCGUGUGGAGGUGGAGAUCGGUAAAGAGGGGCUGAAGUUUGAGAACGGAGCGUUUACGUACUACGGCGUGUCUGCACUGACGCUGCCAUCUUCAGUGCAUCAGUCUCCGGUGUCGACCCAGCGUCACUCUCCCAGGGAUCCCUUCGAGGCAGCGGACGCCGCCAGCCCGUCCAGCUACUGCCCCGACUACACCGUCCGAGCCCUCACCGACCUGCAGCUCAUACGGGUGACACGUCUGCAGUAUCUGAACGCUCUCAUGGCGUCGCGCGUCGGCCAGAGUCCAGAUCCUCCGGAGAUCAAGAUCCUUCCCAACAGUCAGACCAAGCUGCUCAACGACAGGAACACCACCACACAAGAGUUUCCUGUAAACUUCUCAUUCUUUGAUACCAUUGAGAACUACUGUUAGUGGUUUAUUAUUUUUUUGCAUGAGGUGGCAGCCGAUCCCAGGAGAGCUCCACAGAAGAGGAGGCUCAUGGGUAGUGCGGUUCUAUCUGCACACUGUAAA